AUGAAAGCGUUCUAUUUUUGUUCACUUAUUAUCGUUCUAUUGUCAAUAGCGAAGCCUACGUUAACUGUGGGGUACGAUAUCAAUGGAUAUGUCAAAAAAUGCAUCGAGUCUGCAACCAAAGCUGCUGAUCUUAAAUACCAUACGGAGCAUACUAUGGAACCCCCUGAUAUCAGGUACGAUAUAUUUCCAAGUUUGGAUGAAACGUGGGUAAAUGAUCCAAAGUCGUAUUGUGUCCUUCCGUACAUUCUUUUUGACCCUCUGUGCCAAUUUAAUGCUUUACUUGAAGGAAAUACAAUACUUUGUCCUAAGUGUGAAACAGACGAUAAAAUGUGUGAAAAUAAUCGAAAGGGUCACCUAGUUAACACAGGAGUUUGGAAAAAUGGGCGACUGCAAAGACUAAAUCCGCGUAUCAUAUUUGGCCUUACCUCUCCCGUAUUACUGGUAUACAAGCAGUACUCAUGUGAUCUAGGCCAUACUGAAAUAAAUAGCAUAGAUGUGGACGUCGUAAAACAAGUGAAUAACUAUAAUGUACCAUUCACUUUAAGUCAUAAGUCAGGUUUCACAAAUCGACUUGUCGAUUAUCUGGAAGAGCUACUUGAUGCAGGUCUUAGCUCUAAUCAGAUCUGCGAAAUUAUACAGCGAUGUUACAAAAAAGCAUUUUAUGAACGAGCGCAACGUUAUUACCGUGAUCAUAACAUUGCUAUAAACAUUGGCCUAACAAAAGAAGUAAGUCAAAAUUUCCCAACGUUCGAACAAAUGGACCUACCAUGCGUAGGACAUACGCUAGUUGGGGGUGCAAUCAUUUCCAGAUUUAAGUCAGAAGAAGUAUUUUAUCGGCAUUUUUUUUCAACAAUUCCUGCAAGAUGGAUUAGUUGCGAUCACACAUUUAAAGCAACUUCGAAUAUCGGAUAUUUACGCGAAAGUGAUAAUAAGUGGGUAAAAUUAUUUCAAAGCCUAUUUUGCGUAUUAAAUGAAAAAGGCACAGUUAUCCAGUGGAAAUUUACUAAAACGGAAGGAACAGCUGAGCUUGAAAAUUUGUUUCAACAACUUUCGAAAAGAUUUCUGACACAAAAUAACAUUUUAGAAGGAAUAUUCCUCGAUAACUGUUGCAAAUGGACAUCAUUUUUAAGCAAGCAUUUUCCCGGUGUACCCAUUAAGCUAGACAUAUUCCACGCAGUGCAAAGAUUAGUGCGUAAAAUACCAAAGUGUUCGAAAUACUCGUCUGGCAUGGCUAAAGAAUAUGGCUUAGUUUUCCGUCAACCAGGAGACAUCGGGAAAAAAAGGUCUAGGCCUUCGCCUUCGCCUGACGUUAUUUCGAAAAACUUAGAAAAAUUUAGCAAUAAAUGGGAAUCUGUAAAAAAUGCAGCUGGAUUGAGUGUUCUUACUAAAGAAAUGUUGAAGGAAAUAAAAAACAUUCAGGUUCACAUAAAUAAGGGUUGUUUGUCGGACAUACCUGUUGGGUGUGGAACAAACAAAAAUGAAAGGCUUCAUAGGGAUUUAAAGAAAAUUGUUGCAACCAACCGCAUAGGGCUUCCAUUGUUAUAUACGAAAAUGUUUAGAAUGUUGUACAGGUUGGCCCAAGAAAACGAGAAAGAAAUGUCAUCUAUCCAAGUGACAAAAACUCAAAAGAAUGAACACAUUCUGAUAACUGAAUAUGGACAAAAAUUAGAAUAUUUUGGAGUAGAAAGGUGUCUGGAAGAGAUAGAGAGAUCCGAAAACAAUCAACGACCAGCACGCAAGGUUAAGGGACUUGAAAGUUAUUCGCGUAAGGAAGUAGAAGAAAUUUUGGAUGGCAUUUCCAUUUUGCAAAGGAAUAUCAAAUGUAAAUGGAUUGUGGCCGAACAUGACUACUCGGAAAGAUCUGAGAAGGAAGAGUACGACACAUUGGAGUACUUAAAGCAAGGGCUAUCAUUUUGGAGAUCAUCCGAAUCUAUCAGGGAGAUAGUGCCACGUCAUCUUCUCACCACGAAACAAGUACAACAAGACAGCUCUGUGGAAACCAUCGAGCAAGAAAUUAACUCCAUCGCAAGCCAGUGGGGUCUAGAAGUCGUCAGAAUUGCAGGAGAUGGGAACUGCUUUUUUAAUUCAGUCGCAUUUCAAGUUUCGCAGUUAUUGAGUAGAUGUGAUUUGCAGACGCAUGUUAGAGAGCAUUUGUAUACUUUGGGGAUCUCAUCAGCAGUCUCUGUUCCCGCAAUAAGUGAUAUUUUGCGAAGCCAUCUUGUCGCAGAGUGGACAGGACCUUUCACUGAAGAAUACCAGCAAUUUGUGGGUGAGGACGUCGACUUUCAGCAACAAGCACAUGCUUUUUUAAAUUCGGGUGUAUUCGCUUCCACUAUCGGGGACCUGAUGCCACUUGGUUUGUCCAACGUCUUGCAGAUACCGAUACUAGUGCUAUCAACGCAAAAUCUUGUUCCAUUUUAUGAAAUAUACCCUCGUUCGUCUAUUGGGAAUGGAGAAGCAAUAUUGUUAACAUUUAACCAUGGUGGACCAGGUCAUUAUGAUGCCUUAGUUCAUAAAAACCAACACGCUGAGGAGAACAAUAAUGAAAUCCACGAUAAUGGCCGCGUUUUAUUAAACAAAGAAAAGACAGAUAAUUCAAAUAGGGGAGCGUGUCGGUGUGGAAUAAACGCCGGCAGGUCAAAGAUGAAUGGACCUGGGAAAAAAUGCGCCUAUAAGAGCCGAUGCAAGUGCAUACCACGUUAUGGGAGUUGCUGGCACAAGUGUAAAUGCAAAGGUCAUUGUGGGGAAAAUGGUAGUUGCAGAGUAAUCAGUUCUGAAAAUGUCAAGGGAAAGCGAAAAUCAGGCAAUCGAAAAAAACAACAAAUUCAAUCAUCGCCAUUCAAAAGCUCUCGCAUUUUCUACGAGGAACGCACAAACUCCCAAAUUGAAGAACCGUUCAAUCGCCUAGAGUUUUUAAUAGUAAUGAUUAUUUAUGUUACAUUGAAAGGACUAAAUGGAAAUAUUUCUAAUGAUUAUAGCAGUGACGUUAAGAAGAUUUACACCAAAUUAAUUGGACUGGUUACACAACACGAUUUUUUGUGUAAUUUGCCCUUGUUUGAUAAAACUCUGGAACAAAUUCGGAAAAAUUUAAACAAGAAGUAA